UCAUUGCGUCAUCGUCCGCCAUUUUAACAAACGGGUCAGGGUGUUUGUGUUUGCCGUUGUGUCGUGGUCUUUUUCAGAAAUAGCCACACUAAUCCACAAAGGUCGUUUUACCCGAUUACCGUAGCCCAAAAAAUGCAGGCAGAACUCGAACAGACCGACUUCAGCACGGAUGAGUUUCCAGAAGGAUCCAAAAUAAACGCAAGCAAAAAUCAACAGGAUGAUGGGAAAAUGUUUAUUGGUGGUUUGAGCUGGGACACCAGUAAGCAAGAUCUUAAAGACUACCUGUCUAAGUUUGGUGAGGUGUUGGAUUGUACCAUCAAAACAGACCCGAUGACCGGCCGUUCCAGAGGUUUUGGGUUUGUGCUCUUCAAAGAUGCACAGAGUGUGGACAGAGUUCUGGAGAUAAAGGAGCACAAACUGGACGGUAAACUGAUUGAUCCAAAGCGAGCCAAAGCCAUGAAGGGGAAAGAACCUCCGAAAAAAGUAUUUGUUGGGGGUCUUCGUCCAGAAACAUCAGAGGAACAAAUUCGGGAAUAUUUUGGAUCCUAUGGAGAUAUCGAAAAUAUUGAACUCCCUGUGGACAGCAACACGAACGAGAGGCGAGGGUUCUGCUUUGUAACAUAUGUCGAUGAGGAACCUGUUACGAAGCUUCUGGAAAAUAGAUACCACAAUGUGGGAGCAGGAAAGUGUGAAAUUAAAGUUGCCCAGCCUAAAGAGGUCUACAGACAGCAGCAGAACAGAAGUGACCGGGGAGGAAGAGGAGGAUUCAGAGGCCGUGGAAGAGGAGGACCAAGUCAGGGCUACAACCAAGGUUAUGGUGGCUACUAUGGACAGAACUAUGGAGGCUACGGCAAUGGCUACAGCCAGGGCUAUAAUGAUUACUCUGGGUAUGACUAUACAGGCUACAACUACCCAAAUUAUGGAUAUGGACAAGGCUAUGAUGAUUACAAUGGUGAGUGUCAACAGAGCAACUAUGGCAAGGUAUCCCGGGAGGGUGGAACUCAUCAGAACAACUACCAGCCGUAUUGAUGAAAUGACUUGACCUGCCAGAAUUUAUGGUAAGAUUAUAAUCCAAGCCUUUCAUUUGUCAUUAUGUAUGAACUUUAAAGAUCAAUAGACAAUGCUGACUAUCCUAAAACAGAUUGGUAUGCAUUUUCAUGCACCACAUUUUGAAAAUUUAAGGAUAUGUCUAUAGAUCUUUAAUUGCUAAUGCUUGCACAGCGGUGUCUUUAAAAAAUCUCUUCAGAAAAACGUAAGCGUUUUUCUGUAGAUUUUCCCGCUUUUCUCCCUGCUUUUUAACAGGUGAUCAUAAGGAAAUAACAUAAAGUUGAUAGCAUUGCUAACAGGUAAAGUACUGCUAAAGGGUACAGAGUAAGGGCACCUCUCCUGAUUUUCCGUUCUUUCCCUAAUUCUGAUUAUUAUACCUUGUUUGUACCUGCCAGUGGGGACUUCAUUGCAGGCCGUGUGUCACCUGACCACGAAAUUCUCUGGGCGUCGCACAUAGCGGGCAGAGAGCACGGCAUGCACGAGAAAACGCUGUCCUGUGGUAUGGUCUCUUCAAAUUUCCUGUACCAGCGUUAAAGAGCAAACGUUAAGCAGGAGAUCUCUCGUUUUCCCUUAAUUUAUCAAGGUUUUGUUUAACAGUUUUAAAAUGGAUUUUUUACAGGUAUUUAACAGUGAACCCUAAAGUGUUUAACCUUUUGCUGUUUGUAUUCUCCUUUUUAUUUUAGUGUUCUUGUAUUUCAGUUCUGGAGCUUCAGUGUUUUUAUUUUUUCUUUUGUUUGUCUAAAAUGGUUCCCACCCCAUAAAUUGUAUAAAACUCAUAAUGCUUGCUUUUUCUUUAGAGUCCAUAGAGAACUUCAAAUGGUACACCUCAGUCCUUUUCCUUAAGACAUAGAUGAUAAAGAUCAUAUGUAAACCAUUUUUGUGAAGCCAUAAAAAGCUAACAUGCAAGCUAUCAAGGUGUCAUUUACUGUUUGGAAAUUACCUUAAAUUUGAUGAGACACAUGAGGUAUGCUCCUUUUUGGUGUCCACUAGCUCAGCGGAGCUAAAUGUAUCUCUGAAUAUAGACAUGCUUUCAGUAACAUUAAGUUGUACAUAUGAUCUUUAGUCUUGAAUGGUGAUCUUAAUAGCUUAAAGUCAACAGCUCACGAAGUUAAACUGAAACAUGGAGGUGGUCUUUUUCAGUGAGAUUCUAGCCCUGUCAAAAUAGUUAAUGUUUCAUCUCAUCUCUUUUAGGUGGGCAGACUGAGUGAUCGUACCCUGGAGGCAGCUCAUGGAUACCCUGUUCUUCUUAAUCAAAGAGCGGCUUGAUUUUAAAAAUACUUUUGUUUCAUUGUCCUCUGAUGAAGACAUUCACAGUCAGACCUUGUAAAUAUUGUUUCCAAGUUUCUUAUCCUGUGCUUUGUUGAAGUAGAUCCUGAAAGUUUUGUGCUAAUGUGUACUUAGAUCCUGAUUUGGAAAGUGUCCUUUUUGUCUUAAUUUUUUUUUCAGUUUUGGAUAAAUGGAAAUUAAAAUUGGGGUACAAAACA